AUGGUGCUCAUGUUCCUUCUAUCGGCGCUGGCCAUGACGGUUGCAGCUCGGCAAUCAGUUGGUGACGCUGCGCAUACCGACUUACAACGCUAUUACCAGAACGCGCGAAAGGAGCUACAGUACCCAUUUGGAAAGUAUAACAUUGUCUGGUUCAGCACCAUUCGGGGGACGGGCACAGAAAACGUCGCCCACGUUUAUCCUGGAUGGACAGUUGCAGUCGAGUGCAACGACGCACAGAGCUGGUCUCCAAGCGAUUUUAGUGCAAAGAAGCAGGUCUGCGAGGGCACCAAAGCUGAAUGCUCCACGGCCACGUCGCUAGCCGCCCUCUUCCCAGGCGUGCCCGCAUCGCAUCAGUGGUGGACAGGUGGCGACGGAAAGGUGUCACCGGCAGUUUUAAAUGUGCCUUCCACCGUCCCUGUUUCAAAGACAUUCACGUUCCAAUGCAAGAAGACUGAAAAUGGUAAAGCCAGAGAUCAGUCCUACACCAUAACGUUAUUGACAGAGGAGGCGCCGCCGGGCGCAAAUUUCAGAACGCUGGUCAGCGCGUAG